AUGAGAGGCAGUGUCAGCGCUUAUCAUCUGAUGGAAACAGGUGUCAUUGACAGGGCCCUGUUUGAGAAAGUGUUGGAGGGAUCCGUCACACCGGAGGAAGUCCUGCACAUGGACUCUGUCAAAAAGUACCUGUAUGGCUCCGGCAGCAUUGGGGGGAUUGUACUGCAGCCAUCAAACCAGAGGAUAAGCAUUUAUGAGGCCAUGAAACAGAACCUCAUGGUGCCAGGAAUAGCCAUGCCAUUGUUGGAGGCCCAGGCUGCCACAGGCUUCAUCAUUGACCCAGUGAACAACCAGAAACUCUGUGUAGAUGAUGCCAUAAAAGAGGGAAUAAUCGGGCCAGAAGUCCAUGAGAAGCUGCAGCACGCAGAAGGGGCUGUAACAGGUUAUAAGGAUCCUUUCACAGGCAAGAAGAUACCCCUCUUCCAGGCUAUGAAGAAGGGCCUGAUCGCCGACAAACAGGCCCUGCAGUUAAUGGAGGUGCAGAUGGCUACAGGAGGUAUCAUUGACCCAACGUGUGGCCACUAUAUUCCCGUAGAAUUUGCCCAGAAACGGGGGUGCCUGGAUGAGGACACAAGCAAGGCCCUUUCUAAAGCCAGUGACAACAACAGAGCCUUCUGCCUCCCAGACAGCAAAGAAACUGUGACCUAUGCUGAGCUAAUUGAGCGCUGCCAGAAGGAUGAGACCUCUGGCUUCCACUUGCUCCCUCUGCCACAAACAGCUGUUCCUGUUUACACUGAUAAGCAAAUCCAACAGCUUUUCAAGGAAACUAUGGUGAAGGAAAAAGAAGUCUCCCUCUGGGAAGUGAUCCACUCUGGGUAUUUCACUGAGGAGCAGAGGAGUGACUUUGUGGAGAAGUACCGAUCUGAGGAAAUGUCUCUAGAGCAGCUGGUUGCUCUUGUCCUUAAACUUGUUAAAGAAAUGGAAAUGAAAGCCCACACCCACAUCACCUUGGAAGGCUUGCGGGGCGGUGUCCCUGCUGUCUGGCUGCUGGAUGCUGGCAUCAUUACUGAGAAGAUGUUUGAAGAGCUGGUUCAGGGCACAAGCACUCCUGAGGAAGUGUCCGCGAUGGGGAGCGUGAAGAGAUACUUGCAGGGCACAGGCAACAUCGCUGGGGUAUUUGUACAGGCAUCCAAAAAGAAGAUGAGCUUUUACCAUGCCAUGAAAAACAAUCUCCUCCUCCCUGGGGUAGCACUGAGGCUGCUAGAAGCUCAGGCAGCCACAGGAUACUUAACUGACCCAGCAACUGACCAGAAAUUCAGUGUGAAGGAUGCUGUAAAAGCCGCUAUUGUUGGUGAAGAGCUCACGGAAAAACUCCUUCUAGCGGAGAGGGCAGUGACUGGCUACACAGACCCCUACACAGGGAGCGUCAUCUCUGUAUGCCAAGCACUCAGGAAAGAGCUAAUUCCCCUGAGUGAUGCUGUUCCCUUGCUAGAGGCCCAGCUGGCUACAGGAGGGGUCAUUGAUCCCAUUCACCACCACCACCUUCCACUCCAGGCUGCAUACAGAUAUGGUUUCUAUGACAAGGACCUGAACCAAACCCUCUCUCAGCUAAAUGACAGCACCAAAAUAUUUUUUGACCCAAACACAAAGGAGAAUGUGACCUACCAGCAGCUGAAGGACAGGUGCAUUCCUGAGGCUGAGACAGGCCUCUGGCUCCUACCUCUGUCAGAAAAUGCGGUGUUCUGUGUAGACAAACAAACAAUAGAUGUGCUGAAAUCUGCGACUGUCUGUGUCAACAUAGGGCGGUUCAAAGGACAGACAGUGUCAGUCUGGGACCUUCUGAACUCUGAAUACAUCUCAGACUGCAAGAGAAAAGAGCUAGUGCAAAAAUACAAAGAUGAGAAUACUGAAGUGUUGCAUGAAAUAAUAACAAUUGUCACCACGAUCAUCGAAGAGACUGAGACACAAGGCAAGAAGUUUGCAUUUAAGGGCCUGAGAAAAAGAGUAUCUGCCAGCGACCUCUUCCAGUCCCACCUGAUAGACAAAAAAACCCUCGAUGAGCUCAACCAGGGAAAGAAAACAGUCAAAGAAGUCACUGAAAUGGAAUCUGUCCGCAGAUACCUGGAGGGCAGCAAUUUCAUAGCAGGAGUCCUUAUACAGCCAAGCAAUGAGAAGAUGAGCAUCUAUCAGGCCAUGAGGAAGGGCAUCCUGAGGCCAGGGACAGCACUGGUGUUGCUGGAGGCGCAGGCUGCCACAGGCUUUAUCAUUGACCCAGAGCAAAACAGGAAGUUUUCUGUGGAGGAAGCAUUAACUGCCGGUCUAAUUGGAGGAGAGAUUUUUGAAAAGCUACUCUGUGCAGAAAGAGCUGUGACUGGCUACACAGACCCAUACACAAAAGCCCCCAUGUCACUCUUUGAAGCCAUGAACCAAGGACUAAUUGUGAAGAGCCACGGCAUCCGCCUGCUUGAGGCCCAGAUUGCCACCGGCGGCAUCAUCGACCCCGUGCACAGCCACCGCGUCCCCGUGGAGGUGGCCUACCGGCGCGGCUACUUCAACCAGGAGAUGAGCCAGAUCCUCUCCGACCCCACGGACGACACCAAGGGCUUCUUCGACCCCAACACGCAUGAGAACCUCACCUACAUGCAGCUCCUGGACAGAUGUGUCCAAGACUCAGAGACUGGGUUGUACAUGCUCCAGGUUGUACAGGAAGGGGGAAAAUACUUCUACAUUGAUGAGGCAACAAAACAGUUCUUGCACUCAAAGCCCAUCAAAGUGAAAGUUGGAAAGUUUAAGGACCAAACAGUUUCCAUCUGGGAGAUUCUCUGCUCUCAUUAUAUUUCUGAGCAGAAAAAAAAAGACUUAGUAAAGCAAUAUAAAUACAAAACCCUAACACUGGAAGACCUUAUAGCCCUCAUCCUCAAAAUAAUCGAGGAUACAGAGCAAAGAACAGAAGCCCUUAAGGUUAAAGGCCUUCGGGGGGACGUGUCAAUAUCAGAACUGUUUAACUCUCAGAUACUUGACAAGAAAACUCUGGAUCAGCUGCAGGAGGGAAGUCUCACACUUGACAGCCUCGCAAAGAUGGAUAGUGUGGCAAGGUACCUGGAUGGCACGGGAUGCAUCGCUGGCAUUCUGCUCCCAUCACAGAAAGAGAAGAUGAGCAUCUACCAGGCCCUGAAAAGGGGCCUCCUCACAGAGCAAUGUGCCCUGGGGCUGCUGGAGGCACAGGCUGCCACUGGUUUUCUCAUUGACCCACUGAAAAGUAAGAAGCUCUCUGUGGAUGAAGCCAUCUCGUCUGGGCUAGUGGGCAGGGAGUUACAUGAGAAGCUCCUGUUCGCAGAGAGAGCUGUGACGGGAUAUACUGAUCCACACACAGGAAACAAAAUAUCCCUCUUCCAGGCCAUAAGGGAAAAGAUAACAACCAAGGAGCAAGGUAUCUGCUUGCUCGAGGCCCAGAUUGCCACUGGUGGCAUCAUUGACCCUGUGUACAGCCACCGUGUUCCUGCGGAAGUGGCCUGUCGGAGAGGCUACUUAGAUGAUGACAUGUUUCUCUUAGCUUCUGACCCAGACCAUGGCAGCAAAGGAUUUAUAGAUCCAAAUACUCAUGAAAAAAUGAGUUACAGUCAGCUCCUGGAGAGAUGUUCCAAAGACAGAGAAACUGGAUUCUACCUGCUGCAAGUCAUGGAAAAAGAAGACGACUAUUUCUAUAUUGAUGAGCACACAAAAAAUAUCCUGUUAUCUACAAUGGUACAAGUGCCUGUUGGAAAAUACAAAGGGCAUAUAUUAUCUCUGUGGGAACUGCUCUGUUCUGAAUACAUCACAGAGGAGAAGAGAAAACAACUGGUGAAAAAAUACAAACAGGACUCCCAUAACAUUCUACAACAAAUCAUUGAUACAAUACUCAAUAUUAUUAAAGAAAAAGAGGAGGGCCGAAGUGAUGUAUGGUUCCAAGGUAUCAGACAACAAAUAACAGCAUCAGAACUCCUCAGUGCACAAAUAAUUACAAAAGAAACAAUGGAAAAACUCCAGGAGGGAAAAGAGACAGUACAAGAAAUAGCGGAAACAGAUAGUGUAAGAAGAUAUCUUGAAGGAACAGGGUGCAUUGCUGGAGUGCUGGUGCCGUCCAAGGCUGACCCUGCCAAGAUGGAGAAGAUGAGCAUCUACCAGGCCAUGUGGAAGGGCAUCCUGAGGCAGGGCACGGCCCUGGUGCUGCUGGAGGCGCAGGCUGCCACGGGCUUCGUCAUUGACCCGCUCAAGAACGAGAAGCUCUCCGUGGACGAAGCCGUCUCCUCGGGGCUGGUGGGCAGCGAGCUGCACAAAAAACUUCUCUGCGCAGAACGAGCCGUGACGGGCUACACCGACCCAUCCACAGGACAAAAGAUCUCCCUCUUCCAGGCCAUGAAGAAGGAGCUCAUUGUCAAGGAGCACGGCAUCCGCCUGCUCGAGGCCCAGAUCGCCACCGGCGGCAUCAUCGACCCCGUGCACAGCCACCGCGUCCCCGUGGAGGUGGCCUACCGGCGCGGCUACUUCGACCAGGAGAUGAGCCAGAUCCUCUCCGACCCCACGGACGACACCAAGGGCUUCUUCGACCCCAACACGCACGAGAACCUCACCUACAUGCAGCUCCUCCGCCGCUGCGUCCCCGACCCGGACACGGGGCUCCUCAUGCUCCAGCUCAUGGACAAGAGCUCGGUGCUCUACCAGCUGACCGAGGACGCCCGGAAAGCCCUGCAGGCCGCCCGCACCACCGUCAGCGUGGGUCUCUUUGAGGGCCAGAGCGUCACCGUGUGGGAGCUCCUCUUCUCUCGCUACAUCCCCGACCACCGGCGGCAGGAGCUCCUCAGGAAGUACAAGGCGGGGACGGUGACCAUCCCGGAGAUGAUCACCAUCCUCACCGCCAUCAUCUCCAGGGCCGAGGGCCAGGGCCACGGCGCCGCCACAGCCGGCAAGGCGCCGCGCCAGGAGGCGACGUCAUCUCCCGAGAACGGCGAGGCCGCGGACUCCCAGCGGGAGCGGGAGCUGGAGCGGGAGCGGGAGCGGGAGCUGGAGCGGGCCCUGAGGUCCCGCACCGUCGAGGUCUCGGUGGGCGGCUUCCAAGGCAGGAAGGUCUCCGUGUGGGAGCUCCUCUUCUCCAAGUACGUCUCCGAGGCGAAGAGGCAGGAGCUGCUGGGGAAGCUCCGGGACGGGAGCCUGACGCUGGACGAGCUGGCAAGGCUCAUCACCGUCCUCAUCGAGGAGACGGUGGAGAGGAGCAGCAACGUGAAGUUUGCGGGCCUCAGGAGGCAGGUGAGCGCCUCGGACCUGAUGGACUCGGGAAUCAUCGACAAGGACACGCUGGCCGACCUCAUCCAGGGCUCCAAGACGGUGAAGGAGGUGACGGAAAUGGACUCCGUCAAGCGCUACCUGGACGGCACGGGCUGCAUCGCCGGAGUGCUGGUGCCGUCCAAGGCUGACCCUGCCAAGAUGGAGAAGAUGAGCAUCUACCAGGCCAUGUGGAAGGAGGCCCGGGCUGCCACGGGCUUCGUCAUUGACCCGCUCAAGAACGAGAAGCUCUCCGUGGACGAAGCCGUCUCCUCGGGGCUGGUGGGCAGCGAGCUGCACGAGAAGCUCCUGUCGGCAGAGCGAGCCGUGACGGGCUACACCGACCCCUACACCGAUGACCAGAUCUCCCUCUUCCAGGCCAUGAAGAAGGAGCUCAUUGUCAAGGAGCACGGCAUCCGCCUGCUCGAGGCCCAGAUCGCCACCGGCGGCAUCAUCGACCCCGUGCACAGCCACCGCGUCCCCGUGGAGGUGGCCUACCGGCGCGGCUACUUCGACCAGGAGAUGAGCCCGAUCCUCUCCGACCCCACGGACGACACCAAGGGCUUCUUCGACCCCAACACGCACGAGAACCUCACCUACAUGCAGCUCCUCCGCCGCUGCGUCCCCGACCCGGACACGGGGCUCCUCAUGCUCCAGCUCAUGGACAAGAGCUCGGUGCUCUACCAGCUGACCGAGGACGCCCGGAAAGCCCUGCAGGCCGCCCGCACCACCGUCAGCGUGGGUCUCUUUGAGGGCCAGAGCGUCGUCGCCGUGGGGGAGCUCCUCUUCGCUCGCUACAUCCCCGACCACCGGCGGCAGGAGCUCCUCAGGAAGUACAAGGCGGGGACGGUGACCAUCCCGGAGAUGAUCACCAUCCUCACCGCCAUCAUCUCCAGGGCCGAGGGCCAGGGCCACGGCGCCGCCACAGCCGGCAAGGGGGGGGGGAGGCGGGAGCUGGAGCGGGAGCUGGAGCGGGCCCUGAGGUCCCGCACCGUCGAGGUCUCGGUGGGCGGCUUCCAAGGCAGGAAGGUCUCCGUGUGGGAGCUCCUCUUCUCCAAGUACGUCUCCGAGGCGAAGAGGCAGGAGCUGCUGGGGAAGCUCCGGGACGGGAGCCUGACGCUGGACGAGCUGGCAAGGCUCAUCACCGUCCUCAUCGAGGAGACGGUGGAGAGGAGCAGCAACGUGAAGUUUGCGGGCCUCAGGAGGCAGGUGAGCGCCUCGGACCUGAUGGACUCGGGAAUCAUCGACAAGGACACGCUGGCCGACCUCAUCCAGGGCUCCAAGACGGUGAAGGAGGUGACGGAAAUGGACUCCGUCAAGCGCUACCUGGACGGCACGGGCUGCAUCGCCGGAGUGCUGGUGCCGUCCCAGGCUGACCCUGCCAAGAUGGAGAAGAUGAGCAUCUACCAGGCCAUGAAAGGCAUCCUGAGGCAGGGCACGGCCCUGGUGCUCCUGGAGGCGCAGGCUGCCACGGGCUUCGUCAUUGACCCGCUCAAGAACGAGAAGCUCUCCGUGGACGAAGCCGUCUCCUCGGGGCUGGUGGGCAGCGAGCUGCACGAGAAGCUCCUGUCGGCAGAGCGAGCCGUGACGGGCUACACCGACCCCUACACCGAUGACCAGAUCUCCCUCUUCCAGGCCAUGAAGAAGGAGCUCAUUGUCAAGGAGCACGGCAUCCGCCUGCUCGAGGCCCAGAUCGCCACCGGCGGCAUCAUCGACCCCGUGCACAGCCACCGCGUCCCCGUGGAGGUGGCCUACCGGCGCGGCUACUUCGACCAGGAGAUGAGCCAGAUCCUCUCCGACCCCACGGACGACACCAAGGGCUUCUUCGACCCCAACACGCACGAGAACCUCACCUACAUGCAGCUCCUCCGCCGCUGCGUCCCCGACCCGGACACUGGUCUUUAUUUGCUUGAAGUUUUAAGGAAAUGA